AUGGCAGAAUACAUGAAAGCCUGGCAACAGGCCACACCCGGCCCCGUCGAGGAGAACCUCAAACUCAUCGACAACGCCAUACAGCCCAAUACAGCAAGCCUCAAACAAGACGAGAUCCUCGUCCGCGUCGCCAGCGCCGGGCUUAACCCCGCAGACUACAAAACCAUAGAAAUGGGCCUCAUGUCCCGCGCCAUCGCCAAGUUCCCCAAAACAGUGGGCAUGGAUCUCAGCGGUACUGUUGUAGCUGUGGCUGAGGCUGAGGCUGAAGGGUCAACCGGCGUCAAGGUCGGCGAUAACGUCCUCGGCCGGGUCGAGCCCUUCCAGUCGUAUGGCGCACUAUCUGAAUACGUGGUACUUCCACGGGAUGCAUACGCCGUGCUACCCAAGGGCGUGAAUCUCGAUCAGGCUUCCGGGGUGCCUACGGCGGGGAUGACGGCGUAUCAAAGCAUCAAGCCGUACAUCAAACCCGGCGACCGGGUCUUCAUCAACGGCGGCUCCGGAGGAACAGGGACCUUUAGCAUCCAAAUUGCAAAGGCGCUCGGAUGCCACGUCACGACGUCCUGCUCAACAGGCAAAGUCGAGCUAGUGAAGGAUCUAGGCGCCGACGCGGUAAUCGACUACCGGGUCGACGACAUCGUGGCUGUGCUUGAAGCCGAGGGCCAGGUUUAUGAUCUGGUGGUGGACAACGUUGGGAGCUCGCCAAAGGACUUUUUCACCACGACGCCCAAAUUCCUUAAGCCGGAGGGUUACUUUAUUAGCGUGGGGGGCUCUGCGUCGCUCCAGACGGCCAAGAAUUUCGCCCAGGGCUUGCUGAGGCCGACAUUUCUGGGUGGCACGCCGCGCAAGUUUGUGCCUUGUGUCACUAAGAAUGUACACGACGACUACGAGCAGCUGGUGAGGUGGCUGGCGGAUGGGACAAUAACGACCAUUAUCGAGUCAACGUUUGAAUUUGAGGAGGCAAUUGAGGCAUUGAAGUAUCUAAAAAAGGGCUCCAGUGCGGGGAAGGUGAUUGUACACGUCUCGUCCAAGGUAUGA